GGCAGAACUAGAAAGACCUCUGAAAGACAACUUCUCACAACCCUAUUUACCCAGAGUUACAAGAAAACUGAAAAUAAGCUGGGUGGCUAUCUUGCCUGAUGAACCAAACAUUUUAACCUAUUAAGAUAGACAUAAAAUGCUGGAGUAACUCAGCCGGACAGGCAGAAUCCCUGAGGAGAAGGAAUGGGUGACGUUUCAGGUCAAGACUGAAGAAGGGUCUCGACCCGAAAUGUCACACAUUCCUUCUCUCCAGCGAUGCUACCUGUCCCGCUGAGUAACUCCAGAAUUUUGUGUCUAUCUUUGAUUUAAACUGGCAUCUGCAGUUCAUUCCUCCACAUUUUAACCUCCUAUCCAUUGUCAAGAAAAUUGUAGUCCAUGCCCACUUCCAAGUGUCUCAGUCAAUGUACUGCAGAGAAAAAAAAUAUUUCCCAUUCUGAAAUGCUUCCUAUCAGUAUGCCCUUGCCUUUUAUUAAUUGCCCGAACAGUGAAUUAACUUUCACAGUUAUAGGCAAGCCCAAAUGCAAAAACAUUGCAUUUUGGAAUAUCAUUUGUAAUGGCAGUGACCUACUUUGCACAUAAAGCACGAUAGUUUAUUUUCACAUCUUUAAUGAGGCUUUCCUAAUGUCUGUGUCAUAACCAGCUGAAUCACUUUUGGAUCAUGCCUUUCUAAUUUCCCUCAAUGAUCUGUAACAGCAAAGAGAAUUAUAUGUCAUCUAAUAACAGAGUUGGGUCUUUUGCCAUCUUCGACCACAGAUGCAUUUCUGCUGCAUGAAAGACUAUUUUCUUUUCCUCACAAACAAGUAAUUAGAUCCGUCUGCCAGAAAAGCCUUCUUGAAUUCCACCAGGAAAACAGAUGCCCUUUGACAGGAUGACUAGCAACCUUGGGCUCUCAGUUGCAGGCCGGUGGUUUGCAAAGCUCAUUUACCUUGUCAAGUACAUAUCCGGGUUUCAGAAAGCGGGUGAAAAGGAUCAUUGAUGGCAACUGAAGCGGAGGAGGGGCCUUGGUAAAAUGGACAGCUGUGGGAGGAAUUUUUACUCUCCGUUUCUCUGACUUCCUUCAGCCUAGGUUUGUUUUUUUUGUUAACUUUCACUCAAGAUUGUAACCUCGAGCAGCUGAUAUUAUUUCUGAUGUGUGGUGACAUUAGGAAUGCAGAGGAUUGAAUUCAAGCCAGAGAAAUGUCUUGGCAAGUCUUGGUUGUCUGGAAGUGAUUGGACAAUCGCAUUUACUAUGUUUGAUUUGGUGAGGCCAACGGAAGCUAUUUCUAAUCUCUUUCCUUCAGACGUCCAUGAUAUGGUAUUCUCUACAGCUGGUGGUUAUGACCAUCAUGCCCCCACCAGGAAUUGUUCUGAGACUGGAAACAUGAGAAGAUCUAAAAUCGACGAACUACGGCUGCGGAUCACCACACACAGACGGAUCGCCGACUGCAAUGCCAUGGUCUUCACUGAACCAUGGCUCAACGACAACAUCCCAGACAACGCCAUCGAGCUGGAGGGGCGCACUGUCUUCAGGGCCGACAGAACAGCGGAGGACUCCAGUAAGACCAAGGGCAGCGGACUGUGCAUUUAUGUGAACAACACAUGGUGUACGGACGUUGUUAGGAUUGGUAGUCACUGCUCUGCUGACCUGGAAUACCUGAUGAUAAAGUGCAGGCCCUUCUAUCUGCCCAGAGAAUUCACAUCGACUGUUAUCACUGCAGUCUAUGUACCCCCGGACGCUAAUGCCAGGCUAGCAAUGGAAGAGCUGCAAGCUGCUAUCACAAACAACUAACUGCACACCCAGAGGGGGCAUUUAUUGUUGCGGGUGAUUUCAGCCACUCCAACCUUAAAACUGUACUCCCCAGGUUCCAUCAGCAUGUUUCCUGCCCAACCAGAGGAAACAAUAUUCUGGACUUAGUAUAUACUAAUAUUACUGAAGCCUACAAAGCCCUCCCCCUCCCCCACCUUGGACAGUCUGACCACCUCUCUCUGUUCCUGCUCCCCAAAUACACACCUCUGAUCAGACGUGUGAAACCUACCGUGAGGACAGUGAAGGUUUGGCCUGAGGGGGCUGUCUCUGUUUUACAGGAACAGUUUCAGCAAACAGACUGGAGUCUGUUUGCCACCCAGGCCACCUUUAACUCCCAAGUGGACAUCAACUCAUACACCUCAACCGUUUUGGACUAUAUAAAAUUCUGCACUGACAACG